GAGCGACAGGCUCAGCUCUUUAUCUUUCCACCUUCAGACACGAGUCCCUUUAACAGGGCACAUUUAAUAAAGCCAUGUAGAACAUCUUCUACUAGAGAUUGGGAAAUAUGAAACAAUUCUACAUUCAAAUCUUACGAAACUUGAUGUAUUGAAAGUGGUGAAAACCGGAAACCGUCACUCAUGUAUUUAUAAAGUUUAACGAAUAUAAUUAUCGGGAUUAAAAGACGGAAAGCAUAAUAUCACAUUAUACAAAUGCACCUUUAAGGUGGUUUUCCAAUACAAAUCCAAUAAACACUAGAAGAAGAAGAAGAGGACUCGGUCGGACCUUCGCAGUGUAACACCCACCGGAAGUAAACAAAGACAGCACCAGCAGCGUUAGCUAGGUGCAUGUUAGCAGUUAGCUGGAAGACGGUAGUGUGGUCGUGUCUCUGGUAAAUAUUCAAGUAGUGGACGGAGCAGUGAUGUCUUCGGCUCAGUAUUUGAGAGAGUUUAUCAGCGAGCGACUAACAGCUGCUGCUGAAGAGAUAUUCACAGUCUUUGAAAAAACCAUCGUCCAGUACGAAGAAGAGGUCGCUCGUCAGCGCAGACUGCUGGACACCGUUUUGAAACCUGAAAUAAAGCUACACAGGAUCGAGCUCCCACAGCAGCAUGUCUGUAAGGAGGAGGAGGUUCUCACUGACCAGCAGCUCUGUCACCAGGAGAGGAACUCCAGUCUGGACCAAGAGGAACAAGAACCUCCACAGAUUAAAGAGGAACAGGAGGAAAUGUGCACCAGUCAGGAGGGAGAGCAGCUCGUACUGAAGCAGGAGACUGAAACCUUCAUGUUGACUCCUCAUUGUGAGGAAAGUGACCACAGAGAACCAGACGGUGAGCACCAGCUCCUCUCUCACAACUCUCCUGUAGCUGAGAGCCAAGAUCAGAACAGAAGAAAACAUUUGGAUUCAGGAUCAACAGGAAAUGAAGAACCAAACCCACAGAAGAGUUUUCAUGAAAACAGGAGUCACAGUAACAAUGUGGACAACUCUCCCAUGUCAGAGAUUAACUCUAAUACUCACACAGAGCUCCCACAGCAGCAUGUCUGUAAGGAGGAGGAGGUUCUCACUGACCAGCAGCUCUGUCACCAGGAGAGGAACUCCAGUCUGGACCAAGAGGAACAAGAACCUCCACAGAUUAAAGAGGAACGGGAGGAAAUGUGCACCAGUCAGGAGGGAGAGCAGCUCGUACUGAAGCAGGAGACUGAAACCUGCAUGUUGACUCCUCAUUGUGAGGAAAGUGACCACAGAGAACCAGAUGGUGAGCACCAGCUCCUCUCUCACAACUCUCCUGUAGCUGAGAGCCAAGAUCAGAACAGAAGAAAACAUCUGGAUUUAGGAUCAACUAGUAAUAAGGAAUCAAACCCACAAAAGAAAAUUCAUGAAAACAGCAGUGACUAUGUUCAAAAGUCUCCCACAUUAGAGACUGACUCUAAUACUUCCAAAAACAAAAAGCCUUUCAAAUGUGACACGUGUGGAAAAGGUUUUGUGUAUAAGGGUAACGUGACUGUACAUUUGAGGAUUCACACUGGUGAGAAGCCGUAUUCAUGCAAAAUGUGUGGAAAAGCAUUCAGUGACUUGUCCACAAAGAAUAGGCAUAUUUUAACUCACACAGUUGAGAAGCCAUUUUCUUACAAAAUAUGUAUCAAACGUUUGGCAGGUGGUAGCGUCUUGAAAGACCACAUGUAUUGUCUCACAGGUGAGAAGCCAUAUUCUUGCCAAACAUGUGGGAAACAUUUUGGAAGUAAUAAGGUCUUGUAUGGCCACAUGAGGAUUCACACUGGUGAGAAGAAAUAUUGUUCGAAAAGGUUUGGGCGUAGUGAAUAUUUGAAAGGCGACAUGAGGACUCACACUGGUGAGAAGCCGUAUUGUCACCAAACAUGUGGGAAAGACUUGUAAGUAAUGACAAACUGAAACUCCAUAUGAGGACUCACAUGGGUGACAAGCCGUAUUGUUGCCCAACGUGUGGGAGAGGAUUCACUCAUUUAAAGACUCAUACACGUUAAAAUCAUAUUAAUUAAUUGAUAGCACAUGAGAAAAGAUCAUGCUGGGGAGAAUUCAUAUCACAGCAACAUCUCAGGAAGAUACUUUGAGGUGACACGUUUGUAAGUCAUACGAGGCAAUUUCAAAAAGCUCAGAGACUGAACCUUUAACAAGUCAAAACUGUUCCUGAUUAAAAUUUGGCCACUGUCUCCUC